UGCUCAGCCAGUGUCUGCCGUGUUAACAACGAAAACCAGAGAUUGACCAGUUUUUGUUAGCGAAAAUUGCUGUGAUGAUCCCUCCACAACAAUUUUCAUUUUCCCAGUGGUCUCUGUUGACUGCUGAUCCAAUGAGCUACGGUCCUGGAUCUAUUGUUUACGUUCAUCAAGCCGUAUCAAAAGAAGUGGUCGCCUGUUGCCUUUUGACUCGACGUAUUCAGUCGCAUAGUAUUUACUUGAGCAGUUGGAAUGGAAGCAUUUCGCAGAGUUGGAGGAAACUGCGGCGGUGCUGCGCCUCGCUGAGGGCAACGAGCGCCCAAAAUAGUCCAGAGCCGUGCAGAGACGCACUCCUGGAUAACCAGAAUCAACACAUUCUAGUCAAUUUACCCCAAAUGAGUGUCCUGAGCACAUCCAAGAGGAACAGCAUGCAUGAGGUGAUCCGGUCCAAGCUGAGCCGGAUUCAUGUUGGCCUCAGGAAGCGCAGGGCUUUGUCCGUGCAGGAGGUCUUCCACAGUCCAACGCAUGAUCAGCCGACCUUCUACGUGCCGUCGCCGAACGACAAGGCCAACGAUUCAGGAUCGACAUCCUUACCCUUAAUCGACUGUGAUUUGCCGGAGAAGCAGAACCAUCGCAGCAGACCGAGGUCUCGCCAUCGCGAUAUCAUUGCUCCGAACCUUAUCCAUGACCAUGGUUACCACAGCUACGAGAGUCAAGGAUACGACUCUCUACCCUUUGAGCCGGAACCAGACUAUGACGAGAGUCCGUGGACGCCGCAGCAGAGACCCUGCCAGCGGCGAUGGUCUGUCGUAGAUGGUCUUAUUCGCUUCACCACGUCUCAGCAGCCGAAAAUGCCACCUGCGGGUAACCACGACUCCGGCCCACCGUCCAUGCAGUUCCAUCACGAAGCCAAGCCGACCAUCGAAACUGUAAUGAACAAGAUCCCCAAGGCCAAGCUCAUACCCGGUAAACACCAAGAGCACCGCGCUCGCUCGCAUUCCCCAGCUAAAAAUAAGACGACAAACAAGAAAGACACGAAGUCUACUCCAGCCAAAGAUAACGCACCGAAGAAUUCUAGCGCUAAAGUGGUGGCUUCGAGGAGUCAUUACGGCUGUUUCACGAGCAGCGAACAAAGACCGGAAGUCACACAGAGCUCCGACUACGAUCGGAUAAACAAGCACCACAGGCAGCAGGAAUGGUUGGAGGAAUUGGAGGAGGCAGAGGAAGAGGAGGAGGAAGAAAGCAAAUUCUGUACGUUGCCCAGAGGAGGCGGCAGUUCCUUCACCAUACGACAAGUAGCUUUCCAGAAAGGUCCUGGCUUCAAAGCUUUAGGCUUCAGCAUCGUAGGUGGUCGAGAUUCGCCCAAAGGUAAUAUGGGAAUUUACGUGAAGACCAUAUUCCCUAAGGGUCAAGCUGCUGAUGGUGGAACUCUUAAAGAAGGUGAUGAAAUUUUGGCGGUCAAUGGGAAGGCAAUGCAUGGCGCUUCCCAUCAAGAGGCUAUUUCGGUAUUUAAGCAGAUCAAGAGUGGCCAGGUGUUGCUGCACGUCGGUCGCAGGAUGUCGAAGAAACGGCGCGACAAGAUCCCUCCAGCUCUGUAAUUGCCAUGGCGAGCUCCGCAACAUUCCUACGUGCUAUGUCUCUAUUCCAAAGAUUAUCAACUUAAAGAAGAAGCAUAAACAAAGAAAGAUAUUCUAAGAUGCAAUUAAACUUGGUUAUCCA